GUACUGCCUUUAAGAAUAUGAGUAAUCUUAGAAUUCUUAUUGUUCGAAAUGCCAAGUUUUCUAUGGGUGCUAAAUAUUUUCCAAGUAGUUUAAGAUUGCUUGACUGGGAUGGUUACCCUUCUAUGACUCUACCACCAGAUUUUUACCCUAAAAAUCUAGUUUGCUUCAAGUUAUGUGGUAGUCAUUUCAGACUGGGAGAGACAUUCAAGAGAUUUGAGCAUGUAACAUAUAUGGAUUUCUCUCGUUGUGAAUCCAUAAUUGAAAUACCUGACAUGUCUCAAUUUCAGAAUUUAAAAAAAUUAAUGUUUAAUGAGUGUAAGAAUUUGAUCAAGGUUCAUGAUUCUGUGGGAUCUCUCUCUAAGCUGGUUGAAUUAGACGUUAGUGGUUGUCCCAAACUUAGAAGCUUUCCACGUGAAAUCAAUAUGGCAUCGCUUGUAUCCCUCCAACUAAGUUACUGUAAGAAUCUUGACUACUUUCCAAAUAUAGUAGGAAAGAUGGAUGCACUGAGGGAUAUUUUUGCAGUGGACACGGCAAUUAAAGAACUCCCGCAUUCCAUUGGAAAUCUUUCAGGGCUUCAAAUCUUUGAUUUGAGCUCCUGCAAAAGUCUUAGGGAGCUUCCAAAUAGCUUAUUCUUGUUGCAAAGUCUUAGCUGGCUUGAGCUGGGUGACACUCGAAGCUGCUGCAAAAAAUCAAUAAAGAAAUUAGAGCAACAAAGCCAGCAAGUGAAUAGCUGAACCAACUUAGAGGUCUUGAAUCUUGAAAAUUGCCAUCUACCGGAUGAAGAUCUUCACCUUACUCUGAACUGUUUUCAGAACUUGGAGACUUUGGUUCUAUCUGGGAAUGAUUUUGUAUCACUUCCUAAGUGCAUUAAAGAGUGUGCAAAUUUGUUAAAUCUGGAAGUGAAUAACUGCAAGCAUCUAAGAGACAUACCAGAGCUUCCGUUGAAGUUGGAGAUGAUAAAGGCAGAGAAUUGCACAUCAUUAACGGCAGAGUCAUUAAGUCGUUUAUGGUCUCAGGCAAUGAAGGAGAUCAAUGGCCUUGAAGUCCGUAUGCCUGCAUCAUUGUUUCCAGAAUGGUUUGACAAUUGCUGUAAAGGAGGGAGGUUGUCUUUUCAUGCGCGUGGGAGCUUCCCUGUUGUUGCCUUGACAUUUGAGUUUGAAAAAGUGAAUGCAAAUGCGAGAUCAAAGAAUUUCUGUGUUUGUGUAAAUAUCAAAUCUUGUAAAAUAGAAAAGAAGAUUUUAAGUCAAAUGGUUUAUGGUGGUAGAGAGGGUCAUGUGGUUUUAUUUGAUUCAAGAAGGGCUUUUGAGAGA